CUCGACAUUUUGAGUGUAACUACCAAACCUACCAACGCUGUAGAGAUAUAUGUAAACAAAGGAAAACGUAAUUAAAAUCUCUACAGUGUCAAAGCUAUUAGUCUUUGUAAAAAUUUUAUUAUUUUUACUGUGAGGGAUUGACGUUAACCUUAUUUAGACAAUUAAAAAAUGUGCAACAAAUUUCAAACUAAAUCACAAAGAAAUAUGAUUUUUCUGAAAGUGCUCAUACAAAGGGUUAAACACAAUGACCCACUAAAAUGUAUACAGUCUUUUGUUGCCUUUCGCAUGGAACACUCUAAUGAAGAUCGUGUAAAAGGUAUGAUGCAAAUGAAUCCAUCUAAGCGAUCUAUUAAUCAAUUGGUGACGUUGGCAUCCCAUACGGAUAACGUACAAAUGGACGUUAAGAAAUAUCUUAUAUUACUGGUGAGAAUAAUGAUGUUUUCAGUACUAGUUAUAUAAAAAGUUCAUUCUAUUGGAAAAGACCUACUUUAAAAAAAAAUGGAAAGUGAAAUCAAUAGACUACAGACUUUUGCGAGAUAUCCUAGCUCAGACGUCAAGUCGGCUUAUUUACUAGCAAAUAAUGGAUUUUAUUUAAUAGGAGGUGUGACAAAUGAUAAAGUACAAUGCUACUUCUGUAAGCAAAGUAAGGUGAAUUGGCAGAGUGAUGAAGACAUUACAGAAGUCCAUUCAUCCACGUCACCAAAUUGUCCUAUGGUCACCGGUGAAAAAUCUGAUAAUAAAGCUAUUGUCUUGUCAUUCUGUGAGAAAACGUCAAGAGAAGAUAACCCAAAAGGCUGUCUUUCAGUAUCAUCGAUCGAAUCAACAAAUACGAGUAUGUACUUUGAAAAGUGCUGCAAAAAAUACUCUGAAAUCAAAAUGAAUGAAAAUGACUUACUUAAUACAAACGGGAAGACAUACCUCGACCAAUACUGUAUGUUAAAACAUAAUUUCAAAGAAAGAACAAGAAAAGUUGUCGAAGACACAUCAAUGAAAACAGACGUUCAUUCUUCUUGCCAUAAAUGUGCAUCGCAAACGUCGUCAGCGAGUCUCACUUUGUCGAACACAAUCAAAGCAUUUGUUGGGACAGAUAAAGAGAUAGAUGAACAGACAUCAGUUCAAAUUGAAACCCCAACUACUAACAUAGUAUUUAAUACUGCAACUGCACUGCUCACUUCUACUGAUAAUGGAAUGUGUGACAUUUGUUAUAAUCUAACAUAUACUCUCAAUAACAAAAAAUCUAAGCCUAAUGCUACAUCGACAGUGUCUACAGACGUCAAUGUAAAUGAAUCAGUAUCUACAGAUGCCAAUGUAAAUGAAUCAGUGUCUACAGACGUCAAUGUAAACGAAUCAGUGUCUACAGACGUCAAAGUAAACGAAUCAAUGUCCACAGACAUCAAUGUAAAUAAAUCAGUUUCUACAGGCGUCAAUGUAAAUGAAUCAGUGUCUACAGACGUCAAUGUAAAUGAAUCAGUGUCUACAGACGUCAAUGUAAAUGAAUCAGUGUCUACAGACGUCAAUGUAAACGAAUCAGUGUCUACAGACGUCAAUGUAAACGAAUCAGUGUCUACAGACGUCAAUGUUAACGAAUCAGUGUCUACAGACGUCAAUGUAAAUGAAUCAGUGUCUACAGACGUCAAUGUAAAUAAAUCAUUGUCCACAGACGUCAAUGUAAAUGGAUCAGUGUCUACAGACGUCAAUGUAAAUGAAUCAGUGUCUACAGACGUCAAUGUAAAUGAAUCAGUGUCUACAGACGUCAAUGUAAACGAAUCCGUGUCUACAGACGUCAAUGUAAAUGAAUCAGUGUCUACAGACGUCAAUGUAAAUGAAUCAGUGUCUACAGACGUCAAUGUAAAUGAAUCAGUGUCUACAGACGUAAAUGUAAAUGAAUUAGUGUCUACAGACGUCAAUAUAAAUGAAUCGAAUGCUACGUUUACGUCAUCUAUAGAUGAAAGUGAAAAUGAACCAAUUGAAACACUUACAUCGUUUAUAGAUGAAAGUGAAAAUGAACCAAUUGAAACAGUUACAUCAUCUAUAGAUGAAAGUGAAAAUAAACCAAUUGAAACACUUACAUUGUUUAUAGAUGAAAGUGAAAAUAAACCAAUUGAAACACUUACAUCGUCUAUAGAUGCAAGUGAAAAUGAAACAAUUGAAACAGUUACAUCGUCUAUAGAUGAAAGUGAAAAUGAACCAAUUGAAACACUUACAUUGUCUAUAGAUGAAAGCGUAAAUGAACCAAUUGAAACAGUUACAUCGUCUAUAGAUGCAAGUGAAAAUGAACCAAUUGAAACACUUACAUUGUUUAUAGAUGAAAGUGAAAAUAAACCAAUUGAAACACUUACAUCGUCUAUAGAUGCAAGUGAAAAUGAAACAAUUGAAACAGUUACAUCGUCUAUAGAUGCAAGUGAAAAUGAACCAAUUGAAACACUUACAUCGUCUAUAGAUGAAAGUGAAAAUGAACCAAUUGAAACACUUACAUUGUCUAUAGAUGAAAGUGAAAAUGAACCAAUUGAAACACUUACAUUGUCUAUAGAUGAAAGUGAAAAUGAACCAAUUGAAACACUUACAUCGUCUAUAGAUGCAAGUGAAAAUGAACCAAUUGAAACACUUACAUUGUUUAUAGAUGAAAGUGAAAAUAAACCAAUUGAAACACUUACAUCGUCUAUAGAUGAAAGUGAAAAUGAACCAAUUGAAUCACUUACAUCAUCUAUAGAUGAAAGUGAAAAUGAACCAAUUGAAUCACUUACAUCAUCUAUAGAUGAAAGUGAAAAUAAACCAAUUGAAACAGUUAUAUCGUCUAUAGAUGCAAGUGAAAAUGAACCAAUUGAAACACUUACAUCGUCUAUAGAUGAAAGUGAAAAUGAACCAAUUGAAACAGUUACAUCGUCUAUAGAUGCAAGUGAAAAUGAACCAAUUGAAACACUUACAUUGUUUAUAGAUGAAAGUGAAAAUAAACCAAUUGAAACACUUACAUCGUCUAUAGAUAAAAGUGUAAAUGAACCAAUUGAAACACUUACAUUGUUUAUAGAUGAAAGUGAAAAUAAACCAAUUGAAACACUUACAUCGUCUAUAGAUGCAAGUGAAAAUGAAACAAUUGAAACAGUUACAUCGUCUAUAGAUGCAAGUGAAAAUGAACCAAUUGAAACACUUACAUCGUCUAUAGAUGAAAGUGAAAAUGAACCAAUUGAAACACUUACAUUGUCUAUAGAUGAAAGUGAAAAUGAACCAAUUGAAACACUUACAUUGUCUAUAGAUGCAAGUGAAAAUGAACCAAUUGAAACACUUACAUCGUCUAUAGAUGCAAGUGAAAAUGAACCAAUUGAAACACUUACAUUGUUUAUAGAUGAAAGUGAAAAUAAACCAAUUGAAACACUUACAUCGUCUAUAGAUGAAAGUGAAAAUGAACCAAUUGAAUCACUUACAUCAUCUAUAGAUGAAAGUGAAAAUAAACCAAUUGAAACAGUUAUAUCGUCUAUAGAUGCAAGUGAAAAUGAACCAAUUGAAACACUUACAUCGUCUAUAGAUGAAAGUGAAAAUGAACCAAUUGAAACAGUUACAUCGUCUAUAGAUGCAAGUGAAAAUGAACCAAUUGAAACACUUACAUUGUUUAUAGAUGAAAGUGAAAAUAAACCAAUUGAAACACUUACAUCGUCUAUAGAUGCAAGUGAAAAUGAAACAAUUGAAACAGUUAUAUCGUCUAUAGAUGAAAGUGAAAAUGAACCAAUUGAAACACUUACAUUGUCUUUAGAUGAAAGUGAAAAUGAACCAAUUGAAACAGUUACAUCGUCUAUAGAUGAAAGUGAAAAUAAACCAAUUGAAACAGUUAUAUCGUCUAUAGAUGCAAGUGAAAAUGAACCAAUUGAAACACUUACAUCGUCUAUAGAUGAAAGUGUAAAUGAACCAAUUGAAACAGUUACAUCGUCUAUAGAUGCAAGUGAAAAUGAACCAAUUGAAACACUUACAUUGUUUAUAGAUGAAAGUGAAAAUAAACCAAUUGAAACACUUACAUCGUCUAUAGAUGCAAGCGAAAAUUAAACAAUUGAAGCAGUUACAUCGUCUAUAGAUGCAAGUGAAAAUGAAUCAAUUGAAACACUUACAUCGUCUAUAGAUGAAAGUGAAAAUGAACCAAUUGAAACACUUACAUUGUCUAUAGAUGAAAGUGAAAAUGAACCAAUUGAAACACUUACAUUGUCUAUAGAUGAAAGUGAAAAUGAACCAAUUGAAACACUUACAUCGUCUAUAGAUGAAAGUGAAAAUGAACCAAUUGAAACACUUACAUCGUCUAUAGAUGAAAGUGAAAAUGAACCAAUUGAAACACUUACAUUGUCUAUAGAUGAAAGUGAAAAUGAACCAAUUGAAACACUUACAUUGUUUAUAGAUGCAAGUGAAAAUGAAACAAUUGAAACAGUUACAUCGUCUAUAGAUGCAAGUGAAAAUGAACCAAUUGAAACACAUUGUUUAUAGAUGCAAGUGAAAAUGAAACAAUUGAAACAGUUACAUCGUCUAUAGAUGCAAGUGAAAAUGAACCAAUUGAAACACUUACAUCGUCUAUAGAUGAAAGUGAAAAUGAAACAAUUGAAACACUUACAUCGUGUAUAGAUGCAAGUGAAAAUGGACCAAUUGA